AUGGAGAAAAUUAAGAUUGAUCAUUUACAGAGAAUCGACUUAAAUAAUGCCAAUCUUAAUUACCUCGACAGAUAAAAUAACUAUAGAGUCAUGAUGCACCCAAAAAUUACUUCUAUACCAUAAGAACCUAAGAAUCUAAUGAAGAAAUAAAAGAUUCUAUUGAUGAAGGAUAUUAUGUAAACACAAAAAGCAGGUCCGCUAUAAACUGACGAACCAUAACAACUGCAGGUUUAGAUUGUUGAUUAAAAUCACACAUUUCGACCUAAAAUUAAUUACCUUCCUCAAUAGUCGUCACUAUCAAGUCUUCCUAGAAUUUUAAGUCCUUCUGUAAAGAUAGAAAAGUCAAAACAGUUCUAUGAUUACAUACAAGAGUAAAUGGCGGAGGAAUAUGGAAUAGAUAUUAACAAUGGUCUUGUCAUUAAGGACAAGAAAAAAUUAGAACGCAAGGGAAGCUUACCUCCCAUAGAAUCCGCAGUUGGUAAGCACAUUAUUGAGUAGAUACCCGUUGAUAGGAUAACAAAGAGAUUGCUACAAGUAAGAAAAAGUUAGGCUAGUUUGGAGUUAAAUGAAUCCAAAACUAUGAGAGAAAGUUCAGUUAUGCGGAAAGAAUCUAAAAAACGGUAAAAAGACUAAAAUAACCAGAAUACUUCAUAGACAAGAAAUUCUCUUAUUAAUGUGAAUGGGACUGAUUCUGUGAUCGGAUCAAUAAUAGAUAGAUAGAGUAUUUAUCUUAGUGGAUCGUCUAUUAUUAAGCAAGCUAAACUUGUCCUUAAUGAGUAGAAAAACUAAAGGUAUCACAAAAGCCUCGAGAGAGUUGACAGGGAGAGAGAGUUUGACCAUAAUAACAGCAGUAGUAUCAAGAAAUAUGCAAGUGUAAAGCAACUAGAUUCUCUAUACAAGUCUUAGGACUUUAAAAUGUAGUCGCCGAGAAGACUCAAAAAUUCUAUUAAAGUGGAGUUAAUUAAAUCACCUAUUCUUGUUGCCAGUUCAUUAGCUUAUCUUUCACCAAGCGUUAUUGAAAGUGAAAAUCAAAGUAAGACACAGAGAAGAUAUAACUAGAAGUAUUUUGACUAUAAGAAAAUAUCUGUUUAAUAACAGCAACUCAAUCACAGUAGUAGCUACUCUUCAAUUAUAAACCAAAACUAAGUAUCAUUCUCCAAUAAGUAUUGA